AUGGACGGCAAGACGGAGAUGCUUCUUCCGCGCCCUGUGACCGUGGCCAAGAAGAAGAUCCCAGGUUCUGUCUGGCUGGUCUGCGGAUGGGCGCUCCUCAGCGCCUGCGCCAUCGCCUUGGGCCACUACGAUCUCCCCUGCAGACAGGCCACGUUCGUUCUGCGGUGCGGGUGCGUUGAGCUGACGGACACCAAGGCCGCCUGCUUGAGCGCCCUCUGGAUCGGGGCCCUGCUCUGCACCGCGUCCCAGGCAGCCGCGGCGGCGCUGGCGCUGCUGCUCCCACGCCUCCACCCCGAGCUGCUCUCGCUCUCGCUCUGGCUCGCUGCCACCGGCCACUGCAUGGCCAGCGGCGCCGUUUUCAUCCUCUGCUUCGCCGAGCCAUGCCCAGGAUGCUGCUUCCACAGCACACUCUUCGUCCUGGCCCUGUGCUUGUUGGAGUUGGGCGACGUCGUCGGCUCCAUGGCUCUCGUCGUGGGAGCGGUGAGGAGUAGGGCACACACCAUGUAG